AUGUUGUCAAAUUGCUUGCAAAAUUUCUUAAAACUUACAAGCCCUCAUCUAUAUUCAAGAUUAUGCCAGCAAUUAAUAGGAAAUAAAAGGAGGUUUUUUGGAACUGUGCCAACAUCCAGAAUUCGUAGGCGGGUUGUCAUUACAGGCAUUGGUUUAGUGACUCCUCUUGGUGUUGGAACGCAGCUGGUAUGGGAUCGUCUUAUCCGGGGAGAGAGUGGAAUUGUUUCACUGGUCGGUGAAGAAUAUAAGAGUAUCCCUUGCAGUGUUGCUGCUUUAGUGCCAAGAGGUUGUGCUGACGGUCAGUUCAACGAACAAAACUUUGUAUCCAGGUCAGAUAUCAAGUCCAUGUCUUCUCCCACCAUUAUGGCCAUUGGGGCUGCAGAGUUAGCCAUGAAAGAUUCUGACUGGCGUCCUCAAUCAGAAGCCGAUCGAGUGGCUACUGGCGUUGCAAUUGGCAUGGGAAUGGUUCCUCUUGAAGUUGUUUCUGAAACUGCUUUGAUGUUUCAGACAAAAGGUUACAGUAAAGUCAGCCCAUUCUUUGUCCCGAAGAUUCUGGUCAAUAUGGCAGCAGGGCAGGUCAGCAUUCGAUAUAAACUCAAGGGCCCCAAUCAUGCAGUGUCUACAGCCUGUACCACAGGAGCUCAUGCCGUGGGAGACUCUUUUAGGUUUAUAGCCCAUGGUGAUGCUGAUGUGAUGGUGGCUGGAGGUGCAGAUUCUUGCAUUAGCCCUUUAUCUCUUGCUGGGUUUUCCAGAGCCCGUGCUCUGAGCACAAACUCUGAUCCUAAGCUGGCCUGUCGGCCGUUUCACCCCAAGAGAGAUGGUUUUGUAAUGGGAGAAGGUGCAGCUGUGAUGGUACUGGAGGAACACGAUCAUGCUGUUCAACGAGGGGCCCGGAUCUAUGCAGAAGUUUUGGGCUAUGGCCUCUCAGGUGAUGCUGGUCACAUAACUGCACCUGAUCCCGAAGGAGAAGGCGCCUUAAGAUGUAUGGCUGCAGCUGUAAAAGAUGCAAGUGUACAACCUGAAGAGAUAUCCUAUGUCAAUGCACAUGCUACUUCCACACCAUUGGGAGAUGCUGCUGAAAACAAAGCUAUCAAACAUCUUUUCAAAGACCAUACCCGUGCCCUUGCGGUUUCUUCAACUAAGGGAGCCACGGGACAUCUGUUGGGAGCUGCAGGGGCAGUUGAGGCAGCUUUUACUGCUCUGGCUUGUUAUCAUCAAAAACUACCACCUACUUUAAACCUGGAUUGUACAGAACCAGAGUUUGAUCUCAAUUAUGUUCCACUAAAGGCACAAGAAUGGAAAAUUGAGAAAAGACGUAUUGGACUCACCAAUUCCUUUGGUUUUGGUGGUACUAACGCAACACUUUGUAUUGCUGCCAUGUAG